CUGCUGCUCCAACAUCGAGCUAUUGUUGAUUUUAAGGAUCUCCAUUCAAACACUGCGCUUCACAAGGCUGCAAAAAAAGGACAUAAGGAAGUAGUAGAGCUGCUGUUAAGCCAUGGAGCGACGGUUGACUUGCAAGAUAAACUUUUAAACACUUCACUUCAUUUGGCUGCAACCAACGGACAUAACGAAAUAGUAGAGCUGCUGGUCAAGCGUGGCGCGGCUGUUGACUUGAAAAAUAAAGGAUUGGAUACUGCACUUCACUUGGCU